AUGACCGACGACAAAAUUGCCACGAACCCAGCCCCCGAGCCGGUCUCUGGCGUGGAAACCGAGGGGAAGCCAGAGGAGGUGGUCCCCACACCAGACGAUAACAAGCCCACGGAAAGCUCUGACUGGGCUGGGGCUGAAGAAACCGAUGAGCUAGGUGCACCGCCCGACUUUGCCGCCGAAAUCGCUGAGGCUGAUGAGUCAUCGCGCGUGGAAGUCUUGCAAGCCGAUCCAACCACUCCCUACCACGCUGCGACUACCUUUGAAGAGAUUGGAAUGAGCGAGGAAUUGCUCAAAGGCGUUUACCACAUGAAGUUUACAAAGCCCUCUAAGAUUCAGGCUUCGUCCCUGCCGCUUAUUCUUUCGGCGGACGGCGAUCACAAGAAUCUCAUUGCGCAAGGGCAUAACGGUUCCGGAAAGACGGCAUGCUUUGUGUUGGGUAUGUUGUCACGGGUUGAUACGAGCAGUGAAGCUACUCAGGCCCUGUGCCUCGUGCCGACGAGGGAGCUUGCAAGGCAGAUCGGCGAUGUUGUCGCGUCGCUUGGGCGAUACACGAAGGCGACUACAAAAAUAGCUGUGAAGGCAACAGAAGAGGAGCGAAGGGCUGCGUAUGCGAGAGAGGAAACAGGGCAUUUGACUGAACACAUAGUCGUUGGGACGCCAGGCAAGGUAAUGGAACUGAUCAAGAAGCGUCGCUUGAACACUUCUGCGAUGAAGAUAUUGGUAUUGGACGAGGCGGAUGAAAUGGUUGAUACUCAAGGGAUGGGUGACCAGACCAUACGAAUCAAGCGCAUGCUUCCAAAAGGCGUGCAGGUGUUGCUCUUUUCGGCAACUUACGCAGAUAACGUCAGAGGUCUUGCGAGUAAGCUGGCACCGUCAGCAAAUCAGAUUACUAUCAAACGUGAAACUCUAUCGCUUGACAAGAUCCAGCAAUACUACCUCGACACGGGGUCUAAGGGGGCACGUUUUACGAUACUUAAUGAAAUUUAUGAACUUCUGAAUGUCGGUCAGAGUAUUAUUUUCGUGGGGAGAAGAGAUGAAGCGGCGUCUCUAUCUACUAGAUUACGCGAUGAUGGGCACGCCGUUUCCGUGUUGUAUGGAGGAGAUAUGACGCCAGAGGAGAGAGACCGGGUGAUUGACGAGUUUCGAGCGGGCACGACCAAGGUCCUCAUUACAACAAACGUGCUCAGCCGCGGCGUUGACGUUCUUGCGGUGAGUGUUGUCAUUAACUACGAUCUUCCGACAGACAGGCAGGGCCAAUCUGACCCGGAGACCUAUCUCCAUCGCAUUGGGAGAACGGGGCGUUUCGGGCGAAAAGGAGUUGCGGUUAACUUUGUUUAUGAUUCCCGGUCCAAACGUGUCCUAAAGGAGCUGGAGGAGUAUUACUCGAAACCCAUUACAAGGGUUGAGGACGCUGAGGAGCUCCAGGACAGGCUCAAAGACCUGUAGCUUUUGACUUGAUGCGUAUGCAAGUCGUGGACGACAAUGGCCGUAGUGGCAGUAUCAACCACGGCCGUGGUAUCUGCACGUGUGGCAUGGAUUAGGCGCUUGUAGGAUCAGACUUGAGUUUUCGACUGACAUAAAGUUUGUGCGACGGGGGUUUGAACAAAA